AUGUCUGUGUUUCUUAUUCCCCUUGAAACUUGCAGUGAACUAGAGAAACUUAUGUCUAAGUACUGGUGGGGUAACUCAAAGAAAUCAAGAGGAAUAAGCUGGAUGAGUUGGAAUCAUUUGAGCAAACACAAGAGUUCGGGUGGGAUCGAUUUUAGGAAUUUGCAUGACUAUAACUUAUCCUUCUUGGGCAAACAAGCUUGGCGAUUGUUAACUAAUGAGACGUCUCUUAUUGGUCGAAUUUACAAGAGCAUGUACUAUCCACAGGGAACAUUUCUUUCAGCUGUGAUUGGCAACAAUCCUAGCUUCAUUUGGAGGAGUAUUUUUGAAGCACAACCGAUUAUUGCAGUAGGGGCACCUAUUCGUAUUGGUGCUGGUUUGUCUGUCCCAGUUUUAAAUUCUCCUUGGCUUUCGGAUACAACAAAUCCGUGUGUGAUCAGCUCUCAUCUAGGACUUGUUGGGGUGAUGUUAAUCAGCUCAUGA